GUACGUCACCAAAAUGGUGUGAAGAAAACAACGCAACAUCAACACGGUGCAAAAGAUUUCAAUACGCAAUAUUCAUCGUUUGUAGCGUGUAGUUGACCGUACAGCAAGAUGUCGGACAGCGGCAGCGGCUCGGAUGCGGACAGUGUGGCAUCCAAUCGUUCUCGCAAAAGUGGUGGCUCGAACCGCUCGGUGUCACGGUCUUUGUCACGAUCACCGCAGCGUUCCCGGUCACCGUCAACAUCGCAAUCGGACAACGAGCGGCCAAGGAAGAAACAGCGCAAGGAUCGGCGCCGUGUGGAUGACGAAGAUGACGACGAGGAUGAGGAAGAGGUGGAGGACGAGCAGGAACCAGAAGGCGAAGAUCUCGACUCGGAAGAGUACGAUGAAGAGGAGGAAGAUGAUGACGACAAUCGGCGUGGGGGCCGUAAGAAAAAGAAGAAACCGGACCGAUAUGGUGGUUAUAUUAUCGACGAAGCCGAAGUAGACGACGAGGUGGACGAGGAUGAUGAGUGGGAAGAUGGGGCGCAAGAGAUGGGCAUCGUUAGCAAUGAAAUCGAGGAGGUAGGACAGACGGCUCGCGAAAUCGAGAAUCGACGCCGCGGCACGAAUCUGUGGGACUCGCACAAGGAAGAUGAGCUGGCCGAGUAUCUGAAGCGCAAGUAUGCGGAUGCUUCCGUGGCACGGCGUCAGUUCGGUGAUGGCGGAGAGGAAAUGUCGGACGAAAUCACCCAACAAACGCUGCUGCCCGGCAUCAAAGACCCAAACCUGUGGAUGGUGAAAUGUCGCAUCGGCGAGGAAAAGGCGACCGCAUUGCUGUUAAUGCGCAAAUUCCUCACCUAUCAGAAUACGGACCAACCGAUGCAGAUCAAGUCCGUGGUGGCACCGGAAAGUGUGAAGGGAUACAUCUACAUCGAAGCGUACAAACAAGCACACGUUAAGUCGGCGAUAAAUAAUGUGGGCAAUCUGCGCGUCGGCAUCUGGAAGCAGGAGAUGGUCCCGAUCAAGGAUAUGACGGAUAUACUGAAGGUGGUCAAGGAGCAGACGGGACUGAAGCCGAAGCAGUGGGUGCGGUUGAAGCGUGGCAUCUACAAGGAUGAUAUCGCCCAGGUGGACUAUGUGGAUCUGGCCCAAAAUCAGGUCCAUCUGAAGCUGCUGCCGCGCAUUGACUAUACGCGGCUUCGUGGUGCGUUGCGCGCCACGCAGACGGAGGAGAGUACGGACGCGAAGCGCAAAAAGCGACGACCGGCGGCAAAAUCGUUCGAUCCGGAAGCGAUCCGUGCGAUCGGAGGCGAACUGACGUCGGAUGGAGAUUUCCUUAUCUUCGAAGGCAACCGGUACUCGCGCAAAGGGUUCCUUUACAAAGCGUUCACAAUGUCGGCCGUGUUAGCGGACGGUGUGAAGCCAACGCUUGCCGAGCUGGAGCGGUUCGAGGAGCAGCCGGAGGAGAUCAACAUCGAGCUGGCCGUUUCGUCCAAGGAAGACCCGGUGACGGGACACUCCUUCUCCAUGGGCGAUAACGUGGAGGUGUGUGUGGGAGAUCUGAUGAAUCUGCAGGCGAAAAUUAUCGCGAUCGACGGUUCGCUGAUAACGGUGAUGCCAAAGCACGAGGAGCUGCGUGAUCCGCUUAUUUUCAAGGCAGCCGAACUGCGCAAAUACUUCAAAACGGGUGACCACGUGAAGGUGCUGGCCGGUCGGUACGAAGGCGAAACGGGGCUGAUUGUGCGCGUGGAACCGUCGCGCAUUGUGCUCGUUUCCGAUUUGACCAUGCACGAGCUGGAGGUACUGCCGCGCGAUCUGCAGAUCUGCACGGAUAUGGCGACCGGGGUGGAUUCGCUCGGCAUCUACCAGUGGGGUGAUUUGGUCCAGCUCGAUGCACAAACCGUGGGCGUGAUCGUGCGGCUGGAGCGCGAAAAUUUCCACGUGCUGGGCAUGCACGGCAAGGUGAUCGAGUGUAAACCGACGGCGCUGCAGAAGCGUCGCGAGAAUCGCAACACGAUCGCACUCGACUGGGAUCAGAAUCAGAUCCGCCGGAAGGACAUCGUGAAGGUGAUGGAAGGCCCGCACACGGGGCGUGAUGGUGAAAUUAAGCAUCUGUAUCGCAACCUUGCUUUCCUGCACUCGCGGAUGUACACGGAGAACGGGGGCAUUUUCGUGGUCAAAACGCGUCAUUUGCAGCUGGCCGGUGGAAACAAAAAUCCGAUGCAAAACAGCAACCCGAUGAUGUCACCGUUCGGUGGCAUUAUGUCACCGCGCAUCCACUCGCCGAUGCAUCCGUCCGGUGGGCGAGGUGGUGGCGGCGGUGGCCCUAACCGCGGUGGUCGCGGAGGUGGACGCGGUGGUGGUCGCGUUUCGCGCGAUCGGGAGAUAUUGGGCCGUACGAUAAGAAUCACGGGCGGACCGUAUAAGGGUGCGGUUGGUAUUGUGAAGGAUGCCACGGAAACGACGGCCCGUGUGGAGCUGCAUUCGUCCUGCCAGACGAUCUCGGUCGAUCGGAACCACAUCACGGUGGUGGACGGUGGCGCAACCAAGGCAGGAAGCGUUUCGUCGUACAUGCGCACACCGAGCCGCACACCGGCCAGCAGCUACGGUGCACAAACCCCAGUAUAUUCCGGCUCGAAGACACCGUUGCACGGUUCGCAGACACCGCAGUACGAUCCGGGUAGCCGUACGCCGUACGGUUCGAUGACACCGUCGCACGAUGGUUCGAUGACACCGCGUCACGGUGCCUGGGAUCCGACCGUAUCGAACACGCCGGCACGUUCGAAUGAUUUCGAUUUUAUGGAGGAACCAUCACCGUCGCCCGGGUACAAUCCGAGCACACCCGGGUACCAGAUCAACACACCGUACGCACCGCAAACGCCCGGCAAUAUGUUCAACUCGGAAAAUUACAGCCCAUAUCAGGCCAGCCCGAAUCCGAGCCCUUCACCGUACCAGGUCGGUGGGUACAUCGGCACUCCAUCGCCAAGCGCUUACUCGCCGGCCACGCCGGGUGCGCCCGCUUCCCCGUACAACCCACAAACACCCGGUGCCGGGCUUGAUCCGCAGCUGGGCGAUUGGUUUACGACGGACAUUGAAGUGACGAUUCGGAGCCACGGUGACUCGGAUCUCAGCGGACAGACCGGUAUUAUUCGCACGGUGAACAAUGGCGACUGUGUUGUAUUUCUGCCGGAGGAGGACCACUGCGUGACCGUGCCACUGUCGAACCUGCAGCCGGUACUGCCCGACCCGGGCGAGAAGUUUAAGGUGAUCGUUGGGGAGGAUCGGGAAACGGUCGGCGAGUUUAUCGACAUGUCCGGCAGCAACGAGGCAUUAGUCAUGAUCAACGGCCAAUCGACGCUCAUCCCGACGAACUACAUGGCUCGUUACCGGGAACCGACGAAGAACUAA